CCCUGGUCUUGCGCACGUUGUGUUUAUUUUGGAUACAGUGUUCGCCACAAAAAUGCAGCGCAAAGAAACAAAUGCUUUUCUACAACUUGGCUUGCGACCAUGGCUGGCCAAGCAACUCACCAAGUUAGGUCUCAAAGGAGCGACGCCUAUACAAGAAAAUUGCAUACCAGCGAUUUUGUCUGGCAAGGAUUGCAUUGGUGCGGCUAAAACAGGCUCGGGUAAAACAUUUGCCUUCGCCUUGCCCAUACUGGAGAGGCUAAGCGAAGAGCCUGUCAGUCACUUUGCCCUUGUGCUGACGCCCACACACGAGCUGGCCUACCAAAUCUCCGAACAGUUUCUUGUGGCCGGCCAGGCAAUGGGCGUCCGCGUUUGCGUUGUAUCCGGCGGCACAGAUCAGAUGAUUGAGAGCCAGAAGUUAAUGCAGCGACCACACAUUGUAGUUGCCAUGCCGGGACGUCUGGCAGAUCAUCUGACCGGCUGUGACACCUUCUCGUUCGAUAACCUAAAGUAUCUGGUCGUGGAUGAGGCAGAUCGCAUGCUGAAUGGCGACUUCGACGAAAGUCUGGCCAUAAUCGAAAGAUGUCUGCCCAAGAGUCGACAGAAUCUAUUCUUCUCGGCCACAAUGAAGGACUUUAUGAAAGAGUCCAGCAUUUUUCCCAUAGCAAAAGAUUGUCUAGAAUGGUCGCAGGACUCUGAUGUGGCUACUGUGGAUACACUCGAUCAGCGCUAUUUGCUUUGUGCCGAUUAUGAUCGUGAUAUGGUGCUUGUGGAAUCUCUGCGCAAAUAUCGCGAGGAGAAUGAAAACUCCAAUGUCAUGAUUUUUACCAAUACGAAAAAAUACUGUCAGCUUCUUUCCAUGACGCUGGCCAACAUGGAAAUCGAGAAUGUUUGCCUCCAUGGCUUCAUGCGGCAAAAGGAACGUGUUGCGGCGCUGAGUCGCUUUAAAUCUAAUCACAUACGCACGCUUAUUGCCACAGAUGUGGCGGCACGUGGCCUAGACAUACCCAGUGUACAGUUGGUAAUUAAUCACAUGCUGCCGCGUACACCCAAGGAGUAUAUACAUCGUGUGGGUCGCACUGCCAGGGCGGGACGCAAAGGCUUGGCCAUCUCAAUAUUUCGAUUUCCACGCGACUUGGAAUUGCUUGGCGCCAUUGAAGCAGAGAUCAACACUAAACUUACAGAGCAUCCCAUCGAUCAGCGUAUGGUGGAGCGCAUAUUCAUGCAGGUGAAUGUGUCACGCCGCGAGUCGGAGAUGCAGCUGGACAACAAUGACUUUGACGAGCGAGCCCAGAACUACAGACGCAAAACGUGGAUUAUGGAGGGCAAGGACCCAGACCAAAUGGAGGCACUGUAUCGCAAGAAGCAAAAGGACAAAUUGCGCGAGAUACGCCGCAAUCGAAGGCAGCAGCAGGCGGAUCAGGCCGCAAGUGAGGAGGGUAAAGCGCUGCUACAGGAUGAACGCUUCAAGACCGUGGAUAGUGCGCGAUUUGAGAAGAAGUUCAGGAAACGCCCAGCAGCAGAUGAGAAAGCAAAGACGCCACUCAAACAAAGUAGAAGCAGCACAUCCAAAUCUAAAAGCACAUUAAAAAAGAAAGCAAAUGUGAAGCGCAAGGCAACUGCAACUUGAGGCUUAUUAAAUUAUGUGAAUAUAUAUAUUAUAACAAAUAACUUUCGACCUUACACUACUAAGCAGUCGGGAAACGCAUCAUUAAAUAUAUUAAAUUUAA